AUGAAUUCCUCCUCGAACAACUUUAAUGUGACGAGUGAUCGAGACUCUCAGGAAACAGUUGUGAAGAAGAAUGUGUUCCUUCUGGCUCUUGGUCUGACCAUCAACUACAUCAACUGCACACUGGUUCACACCUUCAGGAAACACCAGAUGUUUGACCUGAAUCCACGUUACAUCUUCUUCAUCCACCUGGUGUUGAACGAUAUGAUCCAGCUCACUGCAACAAUCAGCCUGUUUCUCUAUUACGUCUUCUACAAGAUCCAAGCGACGCUCUGCUGCCUCAUCAUCUCCCUUACCAUCUUCACUACACAACAUACAGGGAACCGUCACAUCACCAGCUUCAACAAACCAUUGAAUGGAGCUGCCAUGGCGGUGGAGUGCUACAUCUCCGUCUGUCUACCACUGUGACACGCGGAGCUCUGCACCAUCAGAAGAACUCACGUUCUCAUAGGUUGGAUCUGGGCCAUGAACAUAGUUUCUGCUCUGUCAGAUGUGUUUAUCGUUAUGGCAACACAGCCUCUACAGUUAUUUCAUUCUACUAUUUUUUGUGAGAGGAACAACCCUCCUCAUCCUGUGAGUGUAAAACAGAGGGAGGUUUCCUACAUGAUCUACCUGAGUGUUUGGUUCACGCUCCUCUACGCAUACUUCAAGAUCUCUGCUGCUAAAGCUGCUAAAGGGAGUAAAUCAGGGGAUGGAGAUGCAAAGAAGGGAAGUGAAACCAUCCUGCUUCAUGGCUUUCAGCUGCUGCUGUGCAUGCUCACCUAUUCAUUGAGAACAUUGUUAAAUGAAUAA